AUGACGCCUACAGGUACCACUCCAUACCGCCUAGUCUAUGGAAAAUCAUGCCAUCUCUCAAUUAAGAUUGAACACCGUGCUUUGUGGGAAAUCAAGAAAAUAAAGUUUUACUUGGAAAGUGCGGGGGAGAAAAGGUGGUUAGAUCUUCAUGAGCUAGAGGAGUUUUGGCUUGAUGCUUAUUAUUGUGAUAGUGUGUACAAAUCUCAUUCCAAGGAAACACAUGACAAGCUUAUUGAGAAGAAAGAGUUUUGUGUUGGUGAAAAACUUCUUCUCUACAAUUCAAAAAUGAAUUUGUUUCCCGUAAAGCUCAUAUCAAGAUGGAGCGGUCCCGAUUUGGUCAAGAAUGUCUUUCCAAGUGGUGUUGUAGAGGUCUCAAUGAUGGAUUAUUUUCCUCCGUUUAAGGUCAAUGGUCAUCGUCUCAAGAAGUACCAUGAGAUUGGAUCGAAGAAAAUUUUCAACAAUUUUGGUGUUACUUCAAGGUUUCAUGAGAUGGAUCCAACCCGUCAAAAGAAGCGGGCAAGAUCAAGUUCAAGCAAGCCUAAGCAUGUUGUUCCACCUCCUCUCAAGGUAGAAGAAACAUAA